GGUGUGUGUCUGAUGAUCGGUUUGUUGGGUAGAUGAGUAGAUGGGGUUUCGUCUAUGGAUAUCGUGUUUGGAUAUGGAUGUAUGAUGGAACUCGACACUUAUAUAAAGCAUGAAAGCAUUCCUCCUCUAUCUGAAUCUUCACUUCUUCAUCUCUCAGUCGUGUCUCCAAUUCCAUUAAUAACUAAACCCACCUCCUCCAACACAAAACAAAACAACCAGAGCAAAAAUGUUCAACAACCUCCUCCUCGUCGCCGCAUUCGCAACAUCAGCUUUCUCGAUGUCCGUCCCGCGCGCUGCUACUUCCUCAAGUUCAAUCCCAGAUGUGCAGUGGAAAGUAUCGGGUUUUACUCGGCGUAAGCUUGGCUUUUCGUUUUGGAUAUCUUUUUUUAUUUUUCUCUUUCUCUUUGUUUUCUAGGGGAUGUUUUGACGAGAGUGUUGAGUUGAGUUUUAUUGUUUGUGGAAGGAGAAAGGGGCAUGUACCGCUACAAUCUGCACAUACAAUUUCACUAUUAGUGUAAUCCCUAGCAGUGGACCAGUAGUCAACAUCCCCUGCCUCUACAACGACGCCGCCUCCACACCCCCCGCCUCCUCCACGCCCCAAACCCACUCCUACUCCUCUCUCGCCUGUAGCAGCAGCAUCGUCGACGGCAAGCCAGUGCCCAGCUCCUGGCAGGUAAAUUGGGGAUAUAAUCCCAGUGGAGAUUUUGCCGUCAUGACGAUUGUGGAUACUGAGAAGGGGAAUGAUGCGUUUUUCGGCUGGAACCAAAUCACCACCACCGAAUCCUUCGAAGACAAAGGACCCAACACCGUUUACAAACUUGGUACUUUUAAUUAGAUACUUGGAUUUGGGUUCCAGUUUGAGUUUGGUUUUGAUUUUGUGUUUUUGGGGGGGGGGUUUCUUUUUGAGAUGGAUGGAUGGAUGGAUAGAUGAAUGAAAAAAAGGGGAAAGAUGAAGAAAUCAACAGAUAUUCUCCCCCCUCUUCAACUUUCCAACUUUCCAUAUCCCCUCUCCAGAGACAGACAAAAAAAACCCAACAACCCACCAAACCUUUCGAAAACCAAAAGCGUAUCUCAAACCCGACAACCCCAAUCAACGGAUUUCAAGACCCAAAAUCACCAAAACCCAAAACUCAAGAGGGGAAUCGCUACUGCUGCUACUGCUGCUACUGCUGCUACUGCUGCUACUGCUGCUACUGCUGCUACUGCUGCCACAUCUUCUUUCUCUCUUUUUCUUUCUUUUUUUUCCUUCUUCAUUUUUCUAGGAGGGUAAGGGGGAAUAGUUUUUGAUUUGAUUCAAUUUUGUCUCGAUUUUGUCUCGAUUUUGUCCCCAUUUCAUCUCCAUCUCCAUUUUAAUUUUCGACUUGAUUUCAUUCAACAAACUAUGUUGUUUUAUUUUAUUUUAUUUUAUUUUAUGGAUUAGGAUUAGGAUAAGGAGUAGGGUAGCGGUAGAUGGAGAGGAAUGGGAAUGCAGUAAUGGAUGGGUGAGAUGAAUAAGCGAACGGAAUUGCGUAUGAAGAAAAACAAGAAAACAAAUAAGAUAUUUAGAAAAAUGGAUAUUUUGAGUGCGAAAGACUUGUUAUCUCACUCA